CAACAAAUGUUUCAGUCCAUUUAUGACGUAAUGGCCGCCGUCAAGAAAAUGGUUUUUACCAAACCCAAAAUAAGGUGAAUCGUCCAUUGUUCGAAGGUUAUUUUGUGGCAUUUCCUUUUACGUAUAUUCAUAUAUACUCGCGUACGCGCUCCCAGCACAAUACACAGUCAAAUUUUUCCGCGACUGCGUGUGCUGAAUAAGUAAAUAUCUGCUGUUGAAAAAAGAGAAAAAAAGUCAAGGAGAUGUGUGUUCCAUAAUACGGGCGUUUCUAUUUAACAAACGGACUGAAAAUGGGUGUGUGGGAUUUGAAAAAGAAAUAUUUCCCGCUCGACACCGGAACGAUCGUUUCCCUCUCGCUAAAACGUUUCACAACUUCCGUGUAUUCAAAAUCCUCAACGUUAAAAUUACGACGAUCGAAAUUCGUCAAAGUAACGUUUAAUCUUAUAUAGCGUCGUCAUUAUCAUCUAACGACGAUUUGGGCCAGUUGAUUUUACAAGCUCGUUCAGACAACAGUUGUUGUUAUACCUUGUUGCGCAUAUUACGAUGCAGAGUCUGAGUCCCAUAAUGAACAUGCCCGAAGUGACUUUGACCUUCAAGUGCGGCGUCAUCGGAGCCAAUGGGCAGGUCGAUCCCAACAGCUACAAAUUCCUCACCUGGUCCUACGUCGCUGGCAACAGCACCGUCUCCGACACGGCCUCUUUCAGCCACAUUUCACUCGCCCAACGGGUCCUCGGUGUCUAUCCUCACCUGGCCGAUGAAGCCACAAAGAUCGUCUCUGUUGAUGAGGACAACGACAGGAUCGCCAUCCCGUGUGAUAACAUUAAGGAGACCUUGGCUGCUCUGAGGGUUAUUACUAAAGGGCAUCUGGAUGACCACGAAAGUCCGAUUCGAAUUUUCAUCCAGCUGGUUUCGACAUCAGCAUCCGCUCAUCUUGAGACGGGCAAUUGUUUGGGCAAUGUCCAUCGCGAUUUGCAUUGCUCGAUUUGCAAGACGGAGCUCAGCGGGUUCGUGUACAAAUGUCUUCAAUGCGAAAACGAUUUCACUUUGUGCGGGCAUUGCGAGACGGCCGGCAAACAUCCCGAACACGUCGUCAUACGUUUCGUCGGAGACCAGCUGAAUUGCUUGCCGGAAAUGAAACAACUUUUGUGCGGUCAGCAGCAAGAUCAUUCGGCUGUUGAGACGACUAAAAUCAAAUUGAAGACCUGCACGUUGCGAGUUCUCUAAUUUACUAAUUUAAAUUUCGCGCUAUUUGAUUCAAAUUUCUUUCAUUUGCUAGCGCUCUCAAACUAAGAUUUUUUAAAUAAAAGAUAAUCAAAAAGUUAAAUUUCUAUACGGUUUCUGCGUACAAAACGGCAACUGUCUGUAGUUAAGUCUGUCGGUCUCUUGGUCGUUUUCCUGCUGGCCACAUGACGACUUGGCGAGAACUGUGCUCCCGCAGCAACAGCCGUUUAGUCCGACCUUUAUUCCCUUACCUCUCCUCUACUGCUCUGCAGCAUUCAGCAUACAGUCUACAGGGAAGCUCUGUCAGCCGAUAAACCGAUUCGAUUGUUCUCUCUCUCAUUCGCGUUCCAGCCCGAUCCAGAACUGCUGUCGCUAUAGCAGCAGUCAGCCUCUCUAUCUUAGCGAGUUUCAGUUCCAUAAAAGCAUGUCGGUUGUCACGUUGGCCUUCAAGUGCAGCGUCAUUGGCGCCAAUGGUCAGGUCGAUCCCAACAGCCACAAAUUUCUCACUUGGUCUUACUUCGUCCACGAGGACGUAAUAACAAAGACAAAAACUUUCAGCCAAUACGGCAAUUCUCUCGCCCAACGGGUCAUCGGUUUCUAUCCUCACCUGGCCGGUGAAGCCACAAAGAUCGUCUAUGUCGGUAUGAAAUAUGUAACUCUAUAAUUCUUGAA